AUGUGCCCCGAGGGCAAGAAACACAAAUGCACGCUGAACCCCCCGGAGAAGCAGCCCCAGCCACCAAACGAAGGGAACCGGUACAGCAAGAACUUUUCCGGCACAUUCUGCCGUUGCGGGCGGGACUAUGACCCCGAGACGGAGGUCGAGGCCAUGAUCAACUGUAUCGGGUGUGAGGACUGGCUGCACGAGUCGUGCCUCAACCUGCAACCGCGCCGGACAGCGCCGGUCGAAGACGACGAGGACGAGGAGGCGCUCUGCCUCAUCCCCUCCGAGUCGUAUGACGGGCUCGUGUGCGCUGAGUGUGUCUCUGGCUGUCCCCUUCUGCUCGAGCGGGCAGGCAGCGAGGGCUGGAUGGUAGUCGAGCCGACGGAGGAGGGCAGCUUUGUGGUCCUCGGGCGCUCAGAGGUGGUCACGACGGGCGCGAAAAGGGACCACGCGGGGGAGGAGCAGGAGGGGAAGAGGGCGCGGUUAGACGAUGCUGCCAGGUCGGCGGCGCAGCCGUCGACCGACAAGGCCGACAAGGCACAGAACACUGAGACGAGGGAGGCGAAGCCGGAGCUAUCUAAGCCAGAGAUCAAGCAAAAAGCACCGCGCAAGGGCUCAGGCGACCUCUUCCUAGCCCACGGCAUGCGCGCCAGGCUGGCCAAGGAGCUCGACGCAACGCUGGCCGCGACGCUCCCCUUCCCCCUCGUCGACGAGGAGAUCUACGAGCCCCCAGCCGACACCGACCCGGCCGAGACGCUGGACCAGGUGACGGAGCGUGUGGUCGGCAGUCUGCCAAGGGUGCAGGCGAUAGAGGCGCUGCACGGGUUCCAGAACAUGAAGGACAAGCUGAAAGUCAUGCUCCAAUCCCGCGCAGAAAGCGGCUCCGCAGUGAGCAGGGAAGACAUCGAGUCGUUCUUUGCGGAUCUGAACAAGUCGCGUCGGUAG